GAUCUGUUCUUACUGUAAACUCCUAAUUUUAGGAAAAAAACUUGUAGAUAAGAAGAAAAACCAUGGCUGUUUAUAUCUUCUAAUCUAGUUUUCAUCCCUGGGAUAUAUAUUUAACCAUAACAGAUAAUUAAUUAACUAAGUAUUUGUUUUAACAGUCAAUAGUUUUUAGUUUCUGUUGUGAGCAUUACACAUUUAUUUAAACCCUUUCAUCCUCCCAAUGAUUCCAUCAUCCACAAGAACCAAAGUUCAUCUGCCAGUCAUACUCUGUUCUAUUAAUUAAUUUCAUUGUCUUGCAAUCAUAGCGAAGACAAUGAGUUCCUCUGGAAUAGAAAAAGGUGUUGUUACUACAGAGGUCGAGGCGCCGAGGGGGAAUAGAAGCCGGUUUGCUUUUGCAUGUGCAAUCUUAGCCUCCAUGACUUCAAUAAUUCUUGGUUACGACAUUGGAGUGAUGAGUGGAGCUGCAAUUUUUAUAAAAGAAGAUUUGAAACUGUCAGACGUACAGCUUGAGAUCCUCAUGGGAAUUUUAAACAUCUACUCCCUGGUAGGUUCAGGCGCCGCGGGGAGAACUUCUGAUUGGAUCGGGAGACGAUACACCAUAGUGUUGGCAGGAGCCUUCUUCUUUUGUGGUGCCCUUCUCAUGGGGUUUGCCACAAAUUAUCCUUUCAUUAUGGUUGGCCGUUUUGUAGCUGGUAUUGGCGUCGGUUAUGCUAUGAUGAUUGCACCGGUUUACACAGCUGAAGUUGCUCCUGCUACUUCUCGUGGUUUUCUCAGCUCUUUCCCUGAGAUAUUUAUCAACAUUGGUAUACUUCUUGGGUACGUAUCAAAUUACUUUUUCUCCAAGCUUCCGGUGCAUCUUGGGUGGCGGUUCAUGUUAGGUGUCGGAUCAAUUCCCUCGGUGUGCCUAGCCAUCGGAGUGUUGGCAAUGCCUGAGUCUCCGAGAUGGCUAGUCCUCCAGGGUCGCAUUGGGGAUGCUUUUAAAGUUCUUGACAAAACUUCAAACACCAAAGAAGAGGCCAUCUCUAGACUCAAUGACAUCAAACGGGCUGCCGGAAUCCCAGAGGACAUGACAGACGAUGUUAUAGUUGUUCCCAACAGGAAGAGUGCCGGAAAAGGCGUGUGGAAGGAUCUUAUUGUCCGGCCAACCCCUGCUGUCCGACAUAUCCUAAUAGCAUGUCUCGGUAUCCAUUUCGCUCAGCAAGCCUCCGGAAUUGACGCGGUCGUCCUUUACUCUCCGACCAUCUUCCAAAAGGCUGGCCUGAAAUCCAAGAAUGACCAGCUCUUGGCAACUGUCGCUGUUGGAAUUGUCAAAACACUCUUUAUUGUUGUAGGGACUUGCGUGGUCGAUCGGUUUGGACGUCGUGCCUUGUUGCUCACGAGUAUGGGCGGAAUGUUUCUUUCCUUGACCGCGCUUGGGACUAGUCUUACAGUCAUCGACAGAAAUCCAGGACAGACACUCAAGUGGGCUAUUGGGCUUAGCGUUACAACGGUAAUGACGUUUGUAGCAACAUUCUCAAUAGGUGCAGGACCAGUGACGUGGGUCUACUGCUCAGAGAUAUUCCCUGUGAGGCUAAGAGCUCAAGGGGCAAGUUUGGGAGUGAUGUUGAAUAGAUUGAUGAGUGGUAUUAUCGGAAUGACAUUCCUAUCGCUUUCUAAAGGUUUGACCAUUGGUGGUGCAUUCCUUCUCUUUGCCGGAGUUGCUGCUGCUGCAUGGGUCUUCUUCUUUACUUUUCUUCCAGAGACACGAGGUAUGCCUUUGGAAGAAAUGGAGAGUCUUUUCGGGAGCUACACUGCAAACAAGAAGAAAAAUGUUACGAACGAAGGUACAGAAGUGGUUGAGGAACACUGAUAAUUAAUAAUGAAAUAUGUUGUUGGGAGUAUUGGGGACGUUUCAUAAAUUAAAUAAAAAAACAUGUGUAAAUAAUGUAUGUAUCCAUCUAGCUCAACUUGUUAACUAAGUUCAACUUUAUUUUAAUGAGAA